UCUCCAUCUUUAGAUUUGACAAUGGCCAUUUCCAAUCUUCUCUCCCCUUCAAAACCUCUUAUCUUCUAUUCAUCUUUCUCCUCCAAGAUUUCCAUCUCAAAACCAUCAAAACCCAAAACCCUAAAUCUAAUAACCGUCAAAUCCAAAGGCAGCGACUCCGCCGACCUACCAGACCGUCUAAUCUCCGGCGUCUGUUACUUCUACCCUUUCUUUGACGGAAUCCAGUAUGGAAAAUACGUCAUAACCCAAUUCUCACCUAUUGAAACCUUAAUCCAACCACUGGUGCCUGCAAUUAGGGUGUUCAAGAGUUUCCCCUUUAAUGGGUUUUUGGUUUUUCUGACUCUAUACUUUGUGGUGGUGAGGAACCCUAAAUUCAGCAGGUAUGUUAGAUUCAAUACUAUGCAGGCUAUUGUUCUUGAUGUGUUGUUGAUAUUUCCGGAUCUUUUGGAGAGGACGUUUAAUCCGAAAGAUGGGUUGGGAUUGGAUUUGAUGAUGAGUUUGGAUAGUACUGUGUUUUUGUUCUUGUUGGUUUGUUUGAUUUAUGGGUCGUCUGUUUGUGCUUUUGGUCAAGUUCCUAGAUUACCUAUUGUUGCUGAAGCUGCUGAUCGACAAGUUAUGUGAUUUGUAAAAGGAAUUUCAUUCAAUCUUUAUUUGAUCUGCUGUUGUUCUUA